AUGUCGUUUGCAGGCUUUGAGCUGGAUACUCCCUUUGGCUCUGCAACUACAGCCUCAGAUGAUUUCAUGAGUUAUCCCAUGGAUGGAAUCCUGGGGAUAGGUCCCCAGGAUUCCAAAGCAAAAGUUCCAACAGUCAUACAGCUCCUGAUGCAACAGAAGCUAUUGAAGAGCAAUAUCAUCGGAAUUAACCUGCAGCGAAACUCUGAUGGCGCCACAGAUGGCCAAAUUACAUUUGGUGAUGUCGACAAGAGCAAAUUUUCCGGAGAACUUGCCUAUUCAAACGUCGUUUCUGGGGGUUAUCAAUGGGAAAUUGCAGUUGACGACAUAAUAGUGGACGGGAAACCUCUGAACUUCCAGGGCCGAAGCGGGAUUGUAGACACAGGAACGUCUUUCCUUCUUCUACCUCCCGAUGAUGCCGACCUAAUUCACUCCAAGAUACCCAAAUCAGCCAAAAGUUCGGUGUUUUACACUGUUCCGUGCUCUACCACAACAAAUAUUGAAUUGUCCAUCUCUGGCGUCAAAUACGCCAUCAAGCCCAAAGACUAUGUUGGAUACGAAAGUACCACAAAGGGGAUAUGCAAUUCUCUGAUUAUUGGGCGCCAGGCCAUAGGGCCCAAACAGUGGCUUCUAGGAGAUGUUUUUCUGAAGAACGUCUACUCGGUAUACGAUUUUGAUAAGAACAGAGUCGGGCUGGCGGCGAGGAAGUACGGAGAGACUAAGGAUCCGCCAUCGUCUAGCCAUCCCCCUCCAGCUCCUACCUCGAAUAAGGCAUCUGGCGGCUCCCCUGGGCUACCAGAGCAGUCUGGAACAAGCUCGGCGACAACUUCUACAACAGGCGAACCUAGUAGCGGCUCGACGGCCUCUCCCAGUGCUGCGUCCAGCGUCUCCAUGUCAGCUUGGCUCUCGCUUGCCGUUUUCCUCUCUACGGCUUCAUCACUCAUCCUCUGGGAUUAA